AUGAAGCUUCUGCUCGCAUCAAUGGUCCUUCUAGCCGUGGCAUUUCGCGGCUUAGAUGCCAAUGUGUAUCGUCCAUGCCCUCAGUUCUGGCUUUCAUUUAACGGGAACUGCUACCGUUACUUCGGGGAGCGGGUCACUUGGGAAGCGGCUCGGGAUCGCUGCAGGGAUCACUACUCCUUCAACGGUCGGGCUGAUCUGCUAUCCAUUCACACGGAACAGGAGAACGGCUUCGCAUACGACCUUUUCCGCUCUUCUGCAGGCAACACACCGUCGACUCGGCCACCAUACUAUGGGGCUUGGAUCGGUGCCUACCAAACAACACCAGGUUCAACCGGACGUUUCAUUUGGUCCGAUGGAUCCCGUCUAGACUUCGAGCAAUGGGUGACUGGUCAGCCCGACAACGCCGGUAACAACGAGGACUGCGGCCAUUUGUGGCGUAGGAACGCAGGAGAUGAUAUCCUCCAGGGUUGGAACGACCUUCCCUGUGAAUUGAACAUGCCUUUCAUUUUAAUCAACAUGAAGCUUCUGCUCGCAUCAAUGGUCUUUCUAGCCGUGGCAUUUCGCGGCUUAGAUGCCAAUGUGUAUCGUCCAUGCCCUCAGUUCUGGCUUUCAUUUAACGGGAACUGCUACCGUUACUUCGGGGAGCGGGUCACUUGGGAAGCGGCUCGGGAUCGCUGCAGGGAUCACUACUCCUUCAACGGACGGGCUGACUUAGUAUCCAUCCACACGGAACAGGAGAAUGCCUUCGCUUACGAACUUCUCCGCUCUUCUGCAGACUUUACAACGGAUACUAUUGCUUGGAUUGGUGCCUACCAGUCAAUACAAGACGGACCUUUCAUUUGGUCUGAUGGAUCUGGUCUAAACUUCGAGCGGUGGUUCCCGGGUGAGCCUUCCAACAGUGGUAACAUUGAGGACUGCGUCCAUUUGUGGCGGAGGAACGCAGGAGAUGAUAUCCUCCAGUCCUGGAACGACACGCCCUGUGGAAGUGACAAGCCUUUCAUUUGUAAGGUGGCCCCAAAUUAG